AUGAGAGUCUCAACCAUCAUCUCCAUCGCCAGCUUGGUGGCUGCCUCCUUCGGUGCUCCAGCGAUCCAGCGAGACGAAAAGCGUGGUUUUGUGACCGAUGACCUUGAUCCCCGAUCUUUUGUCACUGAGGAUAAGAGGAGCUUUAUGACGGAGCCCGAGAAGCGGGGAUUCGUAACCGAGGACAAGCGAAGCUUUGUCACCGAGCCUGAGAAACGAUCUUUCAUUACCGAACCACACAAGAGAAGCUUUGUAACCGAGCCAGAGAAGCGCAGCUUUGUUACCGACAAAAGGGGCUUCGUGACGGAGCCCGAGAAGAGAGGCUUUGUCACUGAGGACAAGCGGAGCUUCGUUACGGAGCCUGAGAAGAGGGGGUUCGUGACGGAGGAAAAGCGCUCCUUUGUCACUGAGCCGGAGAAAAGGGGCUUUGUGACUGAAGAGAAGCGGUCCUUCGUUACAGAGCCAGAGAAGGGAGAAUUCGUGACGGAGGAAAAGCGGGGGUUUGUGACUGAGCCGGAAAAGAGAUCGUUCGUCACGGAGCGUGGCUUCGUCACUGAGCCGGAGAAGAGGUCCUUCAUUACUGAGAAGAGGGGUUUUGUUACUGAACCCGAGAAGAGGGGCUUUGUCACCGAAGACAAGCGUAGCUUCGUUACGGAGCCCGAGAAGAGGGGCUUUGUGACCGAGGACAAGCGAUCUUUCGUCACCGAUGACAUGGAGAAACGUGGCUUCAUGACUGAGGAAGACAUGGACUAA